AUGGCGAGUCGAUCGAAUCGUUUCUUCCGCGCUCUGGGCUACGCCUCGGCCGCCGGUGUCGUCGGCGCCGGUGGUCUUUAUACCAUCUACAGACCCCGCGAAAUUCCCGGCUCCGAGGCCGCGGCCGUCCCGCCGCCGACAUAUGGCGAGGGGGGUGUCUUCAAUCCUCCCAGCUUUCCCGAGAUCAAGUCUCGCGCCGCUCAGAUCGCCGACCUCAAGGCUUCAGCUGGUGCUGUCACAGGUGCUUUGAAGGAUGCUGGAAACAAGGUUGCCAAGGCCAUCGCCGGCUCGUCUGGCGAUGUCCAGGCCGACAACCAAGGCAACAAGAGCGAGGAAUACGACCUCUUGGUCAUUGGCGCUGGUGCAACCGGUACCGGUAUCGCUCUCGAUGCUGCCACUCGCGGCCUCAAGGUCGCCAUGGUAGAGAGAGACGAUUUCGCCUCUGGUACCAGCUCAAAGAGUACCAAGCUCGUCCACGGUGGUGUUAGAUAUCUUGAGAAGGCUGUCUGGGAACUCGACUACAGCCAAUACAAGCUCGUCAAAGAGGCUCUUCGUGAGCGUCGCUUCUUCCUCGAUACCGCACCUCAUCUCUCGUCAUGGCUCCCUAUUAUGAUUCCCAUCAGCAAGUGGUGGCAAGCUCCCUACUUCUGGGCAGGCACAAAGUUCUAUGAUUUCCUCGCCGGUUCUGAAAACAUCGAAAGUUCUUACUUCAUGACCAAGUCAAAGGCCCUCAACGCGUUCCCUAUGCUCAAGAAGGACAACUUGGUUGGUGCUCUUGUUUACUACGAUGGUGCUCACAAUGACUCCCGCAUGAACGUCUCUCUCGGUAUGACUGCUGCCCUCUAUGGUGCAACUGUUGUCAACCACAUCGAAGUCACCUCCCUCACAAAGGACGAGAACGGCAGACUCAACGGUGCUCGCGUCAAGGAUCUGGUGGCCGAAGCCAACGGUAGCUCCGACGAGUUCACCAUCCGCGCAAAGGGUGUCAUCAACGCCACUGGUCCUUUCACCGACUCGAUUCGCAAGAUGGACGACCAAACCGUUCAAGAAAUCGUUGCUCCUUCCUCCGGCGUUCACGUCAUUCUUCCUGGUUACUACGCGCCCGCCAAUAUGGGUAUGCUCGAUCCUCACACAUCCGACGGCCGUGUCAUCUUCUUCCUCCCAUGGCAGGGCAACACGAUUGCUGGUACCACCGAUACCCCCUGUGACAUCAACCAGAACCCCAUUGCUGGCGAGGAGGAGAUCAACUGGAUCCUUUCCGAAGUCAAGAACUACCUGCAACCCGAAAUUACUGUCCGCCGUGGUGAUGUCCUCGCCGCCUGGUCUGGUAUCCGUCCUCUCGUCCGCGACCCCAAGAAGGCCAAGUCUGAAGGUCUCGUCCGUAACCACCUUGUCACCACCAGCGACAGCGGUCUCAUCACCUGUUCUGGUGGCAAGUGGACCACUUACCGCCAGAUGGCCGAGGAGACUGUUGACGAAGCCAUUAGCGAGUUCAAGCUGUCCACCGGUCCUCUUGCCAACCCUCCUCGUGUUUCCGGUUCCGAGCGAUUCAACGACGCUGCCACCCUCGACGGUACCUGCCAGACCCAUCAGGUCAGACUUGUUGGUGCUCACGGCUGGAGCAAGACCCUCUUCAUCAACCUGAUCCAACACUACGGUAUCGAAACCGAGGUCGCUAAGCACUUGGCCGAGUCCUACGGUGAUCGUGCAUGGCAAGUCGCUGCCCUCUGUGAACCCACCGAACAGCGUUUCCCCGUCCGCGGCAACCGUAUCUCCGAGCUUUACCCCUUCGUUGACGGCGAGGUUCGUUACGCCAUGCGCCACGAGUACGCAGAGACUGCCGUCGACGUUAUCGCCCGCCGUACCCGUCUUGCUUUCUUGAACGCCCAGGCUGCCCUCGAGGCUCUGCCCAAGGUUAUUGACAUGAUGACCGAGGAGUACAAGUGGACCAAGUCGAGACAGGACAAGGAGUGGAAGGAUGCUGUUUCGUACCUCGGCAGCAUGGGUCUGCCCAAGGGCAAGCUCACCCUCACCCGCUCUGAUGUCGAGUCUGGCAAGGUCGGCAAGUACACUGACGAAGAGUACAACAUGUACGCCCGUCAUGACAAGCCUCAAGAGCCCCUCCCAACCGACUCCAAGUUCGCCCACGGCGAGAACCCCACCAUCAAGCGCGACUCGGCCGCCAACAAAUAA